AUGACUAGUCCUGAUCAAAUCGCAGCUCAGAUACUGAGCACCAAAUCCCUCUCAGUGUCCCAAUCCUGGCUCAAUGCCUUCCUAGCAUCAUCCAGCACAGCACAACGCAAUAUUCCCCCCUCGGCUGUCGCAAAGACGGCCAUAUUCCGUCUCCUCGCCUCUGAUAUCAAAGAGUCACUCUCCAAACAUAGAUCAUGCGUGCUACCAGUCAAUACCCAUGACCCGACGAUCCAAGAGCUACGGCUGCAAGGCUCAAUCCCCGUGCAGGUACUAGACAUUGAGGACAUCGGCACAAGUCUAUGGAGUCAGAUUGAAGCAAUUGAACGUGUUGAACGUGGUGAGGCGAUCCGCGGCCGUGAGAUCGUGCGCACAAUAGCUAUUGGGGAGGACGCCGAGGCAUCGGAGAACAAUCGCGCGAAUAACAACCCUGCGAACGGUGCUACUGCGUCUGGGAAUAGUGGGUAUGGGCCGCACCGCCUGAUUCUUGAGGAUUCAGCGGGAACUAUGGCUGUGGGUGUUGAAAUGCAGCGUAUUGAUGGUAUAGCGUUGGAGAAACUUGCUAUUGGGGCGAAGCUCUUGCUUCGUAAUCCAUCUGUUGCGAGAGGUAUGGUGCUGCUCACUCCGGGGUCUGUCACUCUGCUCGGGGGAAAGAUUGAGGCUUUGGAUAAGCCGUGGAGGGAGGGGAGGAAGGCUAGGUUGCUGGAGAAAACUGCAGGCAUCGAGAGAGAAUGA